AUGUCAUCCUCGACGCGAAUCACGGAUUCGUCCGACGGCCUUGACAUCACCAAGGUUCUGACCGAUAGGAAAGGAUAUGCCAAGGUGCUUAUCCACCGCAAGAGCGACGGCGAGGUGCUGCUGGCCCAGACUCUCGAGGGCGAGGGGCGGCCCGCGCGGAUCAAGGCGAUCGUCGACAGCGGCUUCGGCGAGAUAUUGGAGAACCUGCUCAACCACGAAAACCUCGUCUCCAUAGCCGGCUACGUCUCCACCACCGACCCCGAGGCCGGCGCCGAGCGGGGCAAGACGGCCCGGUUCAUGGCGUGGGACUACUGCGACGCCGGCACGCUCGAGCUGCUCUUCCGGGACCCGCCCGUGCUGCCGCGCUCGGGGGGCUUCCUGCCGGCGUCGCUGUGCUGGCACGUGGUCCUGUCGCUGCUCCGCGGGCUCGCGUGGCUGCACGACGGCUACCGCGAGGAUGAGGCGGCCUACAUGGUUGACCGGCACAUGGCCGACGUGCGCUUCGGUGACGACCCCCGGCUGGGCGUCCAGCGCCACGCGCGCCCCUUCGUUGCGGAUCCGGACUGGAUGCCCAUACUACACCGCGCCAUCACGCCCGAAAACGUCUUCUUCCAGCAGCCGCGGGGCAUCGAGUCGUACGGCCUCUGCAAGCUCGGCAACUACUCCCACAUCCACGUCUCGGGCCACGUCAACGCCCGGUCCGUCAAGGGCGUGGUGGUCGCACCCGAGAGGGGCGACGCUCCCGUCAUGGGCAUGUGGCUGCAGCUGCUCAAGGGCAAGGCAGCCAUACGCAGCGAACCCAAGGACAAGCGGCCGUACACCCAAGGCAGCGAGCUGUUCGCGGUCGGCGCGCUCCUGUACCGCAUGAUGACGUUCCACGAGCUACCGGACCCGGACGAGUGCCCGGGCUGCGGGUGCCUACACCUCGACCCAGAUGCGCCGGCGUGCGUCCACGACUGCAAGGGGGCAGUCGACGUGAGCAAGGGCCGCGAGCUGUUCGACGGGCUGCUGGCCGAGUACGCCGGGCUGGACGAGGUGGUGGGUGACUUGCUCCAGUACCACCGCAGCACUGAGUGUCCGGCGACGUGGGAGGUGUACAGGAUGGCGCAGGAGGCCUUUGAGCAGUGGCGGCUCAAGGACCCGGACGGGCGCAUGUUUGUGACGCUCGAGGACGACCUGCACCGCCGCUGGGGCAUUGAGUAUGCCGCAGCCGCUCAGCGCCAGCGGGAGGGCUCACCCCUGCGGAUUUCUCUGCUUGACUGA